AUGCUGUCGUGUAAGGUGUGCGGCCAGUCGUUCCAGUCGCCAAUCAACUCGCUGUCCCAGCCAAUCGACAUCUACUCCGACUGGGUCGACGCGUGCGAGGCCGUCGCAGAGCGGGUCGACGCCAAAGAAGAAGACGACUACGACUCCUUGGUCUUUUCCUCUUCGAUGAACGUCUCGGCCUCAGUGACCAGGUCCUUCACCGCCUUUGGUAGCGCCGACGAUGGCGGACUCACCUCCGGCUUCUGGUCCAGCUCGUACGAUAGAACUCGUCCGCUCCGUGUGGAAAUCCCGCUGCUCGUGAUCUUGAUCGGCGACGGAGCACGGUACGACCGGUCCUUGCGCACCAGCGACCGCGUGCGCGGCUUGCGCCCACCGUCGCUCGAGUCAGAAACAACACGGUGCCGUUUCGCCGUCUCCGAGGAUUGCUCGCCCUUGCGCUUUCUGUCGCCCCGGCUGCGUGUGCGUCUGUUGGGCGACGUCUCGCGCUCCUCGUCCGAGUUGGUUUCGGCAGCCAGCGACGGCACGGCUCCCAGCACAACAGGGUCUGGCUUCACCACUAUCGUGGGCACCUCCGCCGGCUCUGGCUGGGAGGUAGCAGGAGACACAGGCGGUGAUUCUGCUUGUGGAGACGGUUCAGUUUGUUCAUCAACGGCCGCCUCAGCAGACUCCUCUGUAGAGUACUCUGGCGACUUCUCUGGCGACUUCUCCGGCAUGACCACGAUCGUUUCCACAGAAGACUCCCUUUCAGAGACUUCCGGCUCCGGAGGCACAAAGAUCUCUUGA